CUGGAAAAUUGCUGAGAAACACACACACCCAAGUGAAAGUGUUCCAAUGCACUGACUGUGGAAAGAGUUUUAACCAGUUACACAGCUUGAAAAAGCAUCUCACCAUUCACAGUGGGGAGAAACUGUACCCGUGUCCAGUGUGUGGAUGAGACUUAAACUGAUCAUCAAACUUGGAGAGAGAAAAGGACACCUGCACCAUGGAGAAGCCGUGGAAAUGUGAGGACUGUGGGAAAGGAUUUAAUUACCCAUCCCAGCUGGAAAGCCAUCGAUGCAGUCACACCAGGGAGAAGCCGUUCACCUGCUCUGAGUGUGGCAAGGGAUUCACAGUGUUAUAUAACCUCCAGAGACACCUGCUGACUCACACUGGGGAGAAGCCAUUCAGCUGCAUUUCCUGUGGAAAGAACUUCAGGCAGUCAUUCAGCCUUAUUUCACACCUGCGAGUUCACACUGGGGAGAGGCCGUUCACCUGCUCUGUGUGUGGGAAGGGAUUCACUCAGUCAUCCAACCUGCAGACACACCAGCGAGUUCACACUGGGGAGAGGCCAUUCACCUGUUCUGAGUGCGGGAAGGGAUUCACUCAGUUAUCCCACCUGCAGACACACCAACGAAUUCACACGGGGGAGAGACCAUUCACUUGCUGUGAGUGUGGGAAGGGAUUCAUUCAGUCAUCUGACCUGCUGACACACCAGCGAGUUCACAAGGGGGAGAGACCGUUCACUUGCUCCGAGUGUGGGAAGGGUUUCACACAGUCAUCUAAGCUGCUGAUACACCAGAGGAUACAUACUGGAGAGAGGCCAUUCACCUGCCCUGUAUGCGGGAAGGGAUUCACUGGGUCCUCUGACCUGUUAAAGCACCAGCAAAUUCACACUGAGGAGAGGCCGUUCAGUUGUAACUUCUGUGGAAAGAGAUUCAGGUCUUCAUCCCACCUCAAUGUACACCAACGAGUGCACACUGGAGAGAGACUGUUCACCUGCUCUGAGUGUGGGAAGAAAUUCACUGAGUUAUCUCACUUCACUGCGCACCAGCGAGUUCACACUGGGGAGAGGCCGUUCACCUGCUCCAAGUGUGGGAAGGGAUUCACUCAGUCAUCCAACCUGCUGAGACACCAGCGAGUUCACACUGGGGAGAGACCAUUCACUUGCCCCGAUUGUGGGAAGGGAUUCACUCAGUCGUCCAACCUGCUGAAGCACCAGCGGGUUCACACUGGAGAGAGGCCAUUCACCUGUCCUGUAUGUGGGAAAGGAUUCACUGGAUCCUCUGAUGUGCUAAGUCACCAGCGAAUUCACACUGAGGAGAGGCCAUUUGGCUGUACUUCCUGUGGAAAGAGAUUCAGGUCUUCAUCCAACCUGCAGACACACCAGCGACUUCACACUGGAGAGAGGCCGUUCACCUGCUCCGAGUGUGGGAAGGGAUUCACUCAGUUACCUCACCUGCUGAGACACCAGCGACUUCACACUGGGGAGAGGCCAUUCACCUGCUCCAAGUGUGGGAAGGGAUUCACUCAGUCAUCCCACCUGCUGGCACACCAGCGAGUUCAUAAGUGUCUACAGGGAUUGGAUUCUGCUGUUAUUGCUGCUGUAAAUCAUAUCCAGGACUGAACCAUGUUCAUUCUGACAGUUGGGGUUUGUUUCUGCUGAUGUUAAUAAUCCCUGUAACUGGGCUGAAGUUUAAUAUUCUGGAUGUUCUUAGGGCUGCAGUGUUCUUUUAAGAACCACUCUUCUUUUCCAUAAGUCAGGAACUCGCAUCAGAAAUUAGUUUGCAACAAGGUUCUGAUCUUUUACUUCAAUCCUAAAUUGAUCUUUGGUACGAACUCUACAAAUCAGAGAUUUCCCUGAUUAACAUCUCCAGUUAGAAUGUGCUGAUUAAUCCUUGCGAACAGUUCCUACUGACUUGCUCAUUACUCACAGUGACACCUCCAUUAUCCAUCAGAAAGAAGGGGAUUGGGAAUUGGGGGAGAGUAGAGAUGUUACCUCCCCCUAUGGUACAGAAAUCCCCUCGGCACGGGAAUAGAGACAAGUUCAUUCCAAGUAACGGACUGUAAGAAAUCGCUCUCUGAUAACUCUAUUAAAUCUUCAGAAAUUUAUGCAAUAUGAUAAAAUAACAGCUCACUCUCUCUCCAUUAAUAAGAUAGCUUCCAUAGCAGCUUGCUGGCUGACAAACACAGGACAGGCCUGUUAUCUCUGCCAAGGACAUGUCUCUAGCACAGGCCCUGAAACAAGACAUUUCUAACCCUGAUACGAUUGGAUCUCAUGACCCAUAUGUAAACCAGCUGUCUGUGUAAAGGUUAAAACAGGCUCUCGAGAGCACAGAGAUAUUGACGUGAUCCACACUGGCUUCAGCCCAACACCCACGUUCUGGCUCACACCAGUUGACCGUUCAGAGGAGACUGCCACCACCAGCUACAGAGACCAGCACUGGCUCUGUAUCAUCCAUCCAUUGUCCUCUGGGACCAGUAAACUGUUCUCACCUGUCACAGGUCAUGUGUUUUUCCCACCUAUUUAGCUUGGCAUCAUAUUUAAACUUGCUUCUCAGUAAACUACUUUCAAAUCGCUUCUGAGGUCGACCUCCUUUUCGGGUAAUCUGUGACGCCCAAACCGAAAUCUUACAAGUGGCGUUAGGAAUGGGAUCACAGUGGUCAGGAUCAUAGGGCAGAAUUUUCAGGGUGACAUUCGGUGGGGGCGGGGGGGGC